CAGAGCUAAAACAGUUUCAGUCGUGCUGACUGUCCGUUUUAGGACAUUUUUUGGACCAGUGACGGUCAGGUUCUGUCUGAAGUGUGUGCAGUGAACAGUUCCACUCUUUUAGCAUAAGGCAUUAGCAUUAGCAUUAGCAUCGGUGGUCGUAGGUAAUCCUAAAAACGAGACUAAAGUAAAGAAAACACAGCAAAGGAAGAUCAGGUCAAAGAUUUCACAAACUGUAUUUCAUUAGAAACAUCAGGAUGUAAACAGCAUCUCUGAAAACAUCUCAGCUCCGCUCUAAAUGUCUUCUUCAGCUCUUUAUCAGCCGUCUGCUCAGCUCACUCUGUCAAACUAUCACCUGGAACAGAAACAGGAAGUGAACGUUGAAGUGAUCCAUAAACUCAGACACAGCUAACAGUGGUGCUCUGAAGAUCCAGCAUCACCUGGAGAAACCCUCAACUAGAAAAGAUCUGCUGGUUAAAAGCGCCAUCUCGUGGGAACAUUUAUUCAUUACAUCUCCCCUAAAAAAACAAGAUUCAGUGAUUCCCGAAGAGAAUAAAACAGAGGAUGGAUUCAGCGAACGGUUGAGAACAGACUGUAGUGAUGCACAUUCUGUGGAGACAGAUGUUUCCUAUGAAUGUGAAGACUUUCAGACAAAUGACAGGAGUGAUGUUAGAAAUGAAUCUAAAGAUGGUGUUAUCAGGACAAAACAGCAGGCACUGAUGAGGAACAGUAAUGAUCAUCUUUAUUGUUUUUGUCCAGCAGAUAUGAGGAGAGUUUGUUAAAGACAUGAAGUUCUCACAGCUCUGCUCCCUCUGCUGAUGGAGUGAGAGGAAGAAGAGCAGAAAAGAGCUGAACAUUACAGAGCAAACAGUGAGCUGAGCUUUGGACUGAGGCAGGGCUGCAGAGGAGAUGAAGCAGAGAAACUAGAUGUGUAGAACCAGAAGCUAAAGGAGGAAACAAAGCUGACAAGCAGCGGCUUUAGGGGCGGAGCCUCACUGAGAGGAGAUUCUACGUCACUGUUGAAAGUGAAAGUAACGUCAGUCAGAGCGACGACAGAGCUGCAGUUCAGAAGAAUCUCUGUGUUUGUGUCUGAACUCAGUUCAGCUGCUGCUCCUCAACCAGUGACUCAGACUGAGGUGAGUCCAGCUGACAGGACGUCUGAUAGUUUGUUAGUGGAUUCAAUCCAAAGAGGCAGAAAGCAGCAAACACCACGUUUCCUCCUUUCUAACUGCCACACCACAACAAUCUGACUGAGUGUGCUUUCUGAUUUUCUUUGACUUUUGAACCAAAAUAAAUCACCUGCUGUGUUUGUUUCUGGUUUCCACGUGAGAAACCAUCAAAGUGAACUCCUAAACUUUGUAGUUGUGUUUUUUCUUGUUUCUUUUUCCACUUGGUGUGGACAGUAGAGCUGUGGACAGACAGCAGAAAUGAAAUGGAAAAAAGUCCAAAUAAAAGCUGCCAGAAUAGAAUGAUGCUUGUAGAAAAGUGUGACUUUCUCCUAACUCAGGAUCUACAGCAGGACUCUGUUCAGAAAGCAGGUUUCUGGUGAAAACUGAGUUUGUGUCUCUGAGAUGAAGGAAACUCUGAGUUUUCUGAUCCACUAAUACUUUGGCUGCUUCUCAGUACCAGAUAUGCAGGUCAGGACUAGACAAAUAAAGAUUAAUGAGAACUCAUCAGCACCAUUUGUCAUCUAAGAAGUCAUUUAUGACACUUGUGGAUGUGUGACGACAUGAUCCUGUCCCCUAAAAUGUCUGCCAACUUUACAAGCCUUUCAGAAAGAAGACGUCAUGAUUCCACCUGCAGCACUGACAACCUCGUUAACUCUGUGGUCGUAAACGUGUUGCACAAUCAAAGCCAGUGGUGAACGCACUCUUUCCUGACCUGUAACGGCUGCUUCAUGAUAUGGCUCUGUCUGCCCGUUAUCAUCUGGCUCAUUCCAGAUUUUAGAACAAUUUAGGAUCCAGUUUGUCGUGUUUUUUUUCGAAUCUUAAUCUAUGCUACAGGGUACUAUGUACAAUUUCUUGCUCAGGAGCAAAAUAUGGAAAAAUGUAUGACAGUGUAUGAUCAGUACCCUUUUGUAUCAUUAGUGGAUUGUUAUGCACAAAGCCCCAAGUAUUUUCCAACAUAAUUACCACACCAGUGGAUACACAUGCAUGUUCAUCUUAUUGUACAUAGUACCCUAUAGUGUAGAUUAAGAUUCGCCAGUAGCCAGUAAUGGCCAAGUUUGGGGGUAAAAUUGAGCAUGAUGCAGUGAUGGCUAGAAGUUGGGACUUUGCAUGGCUACAGUAAGAGGAUAGAUGAGUUACUGUGCAAAUUUGCAGAUCUCUGCCACCUGUGCUUCAUUGACUUCAGGCACUUUUCAUGGGGGGCAAUGUUCAGCAGUCCAUAUCUCUCUAAACAAUUUUCCGAGAGGGCUCCCCCUGUAUAAGUUAUAAGCCAGUCUGGUCUAGAGCAAUACGAAAUGGUGCUAAGACAUUAAUCUGUAAGAUUUCUAGUAUUUUUAACACCCUUAACCCUACUUGCAAGUGGUUUUUACAAAUAAUUUACACAUUCUGGGCAAGCCCCCCCGCUCUGUAGAGACUUCUCCUGAGUGUGUGUGUUGUAGGACAUCACCAACAUGUAGAGAACUUGGAGAAAAAAUUUCAAGUCUCUGUGAUACCCAGAAGCAGAGAUAUAAGCAUUUCAAAACCUAAAAAUUCCAGGCGAAAAUUGGGGGGGGGGGGGGGGGGGGGAGGGCAUUUUGGCCUGAAUUAUUAAAUUUGAAAAUGCCAUAACUCAAAAACUACUGGGAGUAGAUGCCUGUAAUUUUGCACACAAAGCUUUUUAUCAUGGUCUUCCACCACCAGCAUCCACAGUAAAAUUGAAGAUGGAGCUGCAACCACCUUCCUGAAUGUUUGGUGUUUUGGAUGGAAUAAGCCACAGUUAAGAUGUUGACCAGAUGAAGGUGUUUGGAGGGUCAUUAGACUGAAUGGUUCUACCUCUGUAGGCCUCCACUCAGGUUACUUUGGUCUACACAUCGUCUCUCUCUCUCCUCUAGGAUCCACACCUCUUGUCUGUAGUUUGUUUCCUCGUUUGUUUCUGGCUGGUAACUCACACAUGCCUCACUCAUCACCGCCAACACUACUGACGCUUAGAUUCCUCACCUCAAGCUCAUCACUGGCUGUCCUGAUAUUCCUUUGAAACGAAACACAGAUGUGGCAUCUUAGACUUGUUUCUCCUCUUUGUCACUGGCUGUGAGCUAGCUUUUGACAAGUGCUAUUGGGAUCCCCAGAUAUCUCAUGAAUCAAAAAAUGAAGCAGUUUCACUUGUUAAUGAAAAUAUACAACAGCUGCUUCAGUCAUGCAGACUGGUGGUGAAUCAGAAGGUAAACUGUGCAGCUGUUUUCACAGAAAUGAUUGAUUUUUUUCAUAUCUGUUGGAUCUUUACAGGGUGAAAGAUGACGACGCCUAAAGAAGUCCUUUUGGGAACUUUGAACGAGUUGGUAGAAGAGGAGUUUGAUAAAUUCAAAUGGUUCUUGAACCAGGAAGAAAUCCUAAAAGACUUCAAAUCAAUCCCAAAAUCACGACUGGAAAAGGCAAAGAGGUUCAGCACUGUGGAUGAAAUGGUCCAGACCUAUGGUACUACAGAUGCCCUUAAAGUCACUGAGAAGGUUUUAUUGGAGAUGAAGAAAAUUGAUCUGGUGAGGAAAAUCUCAGGAACCAUCAAAGAACAUACAGAGAUUGUUUCCAGGUGUCAAGACAAACUGAAGUUUAACCUAAAGAAGAAAUUCCAGAGAGUGUUUGAGGGCAUCACUAAAGCAGGACAGCCGACCCUCCUGAAUGAGAUCUACACAGAGCUGUACAUCACAGAGGGAGGGACUGCAGAGAUCAAUGAUGAAGCAGCAUCCAGGAAAGCAGACGGAGCAGAAAGAAGCAUCAGAGCAGAAGACAUCUUUAGAGGCUCACCUGGAAGAGAUGGACCAAUCAGAACAGUGAUGACACAGGGAGUGGCUGGCAUCGGGAAAACAGUGUUAACACAGAAGUUCACUCUGGACUGGGCUGAAGACAAAAGCAACCAGGACAUCCACUUCAUGUUUCCAUUGACUUUCAGAGAGCUGAAUGUGGUGAAAGAGAGAAAGUUCAGCUUGAUGGAACUUGUUCAUGACUUCUUCAGUGAAACCAAAGCAGCAGGAAUCUGCAGCUUUGAAGACUUCCAGGUUGUGUUGAUCUUUGACGGUCUGGAUGAGUGUCGUCUUCCUCUGGACUUCCACAACAAUGAGGUCCUGACUGAUGUUAGUGAGUCCACCUCAGUGGAUGUGCUGCUGACAAACCUGAUCAGGGGGAAUCUGCUUCCCUCUGCUCGCCUCUGGAUAACCACACGACCUGCAGCAGCCAAUCAGAUCCCUCCUGACUGUGUGGACAUGGUGACGGAGGUCAGAGGGUUCACCGACCCACAGAAGGAGGAGUACUUCAGGAAGAGAUCCAGAGAUGAGGAGCAGGCCAGCAGCAUCAUCUCCCACAUGAAGACAUCACGAAGCCUCCACAUCAUGUGCCACAUCCCAGUGUUCUGCUGGAUCACUGCUACAGUUCUGGAGGAGCUGCUGAGAAGCAGAGAGGGAGGAGAUCUACCCAGAACCCUGACUGAGAUGUUCAUCCACCACCUGGUGGUUCAGACCAAAGUCAAGAAGGUCAAGUAUGAUGGAGGAGCUGAGACAGAUCCACACUGGAGUCCAGACAGCAGGAGGAUGGUUGAGUCUCUGGGAAAACUGGCUUUUGAGCAGCUGCAGAAAGGAAACCUGAUCUUCUAUGAGUCUGACCUGACAGAGUGUGGCAUCGAUGUGGAAGCAGCCUCAGUGUACUCAGGAGUGUUCACGCAGAUCUUUAAAGAGGAGAGAGGGCUGUACCAGGACAAGGUGUUCUGCUUCGUCCAUCUGAGCAUUCAGGAGUUUCUGGCUGCAGUCUACAUGUUCCACUGUUACACCAACAGGAAGGAGGAGGUUCUGGAGGACUUCCUGGGAAAAGACUGGAAAGACGAGAACAGAGACACUCUGGAUGUGUUCCUGAAGAGAAUCAUGGAGAAAUCCCUCAGAAGUAGAAAUGGUCAUCUGGACCUGUUUGUUCGCUUCCUUCAUGGCCUCUGUCUGGAGUCCAACCAGAGACUCUUAGGAGGUCUGCUGGGUUGGACAGAGAAGCGUCCAGAAAUGAUCCAGAGAGUCAUCAACAACCUGAAGAAGAUGAAGAGUGAUAAAAUAUCUCCAGACAGAAGCAUCAACAUCUUCCACUGUCUGAUGGAGAUGAAGGAUCUCUCAGUUCAUCAGGAGAUCCAAGAGUUCCUGCAGUCAGAGAACAGAUCAAAGAAGGAACUCUCUUUGAUCCACUGCUCAGCUCUGGCCUACAUGCUGCAGAUGUCAGAGGAGGUUCUGGAUGAGUUGGAGCUGGGCAUGUACAACAUAUCAGAGGGGGGACGACUGAGGCUGAUUCCAGCUGUGAGGAACUGCAGAAAGUUUGGAUUUUCUGGCUGUCAACUCUCAGAGAGUCACUAUGAAGUCGUGGCCUCAGCUCUGAAGUCCAACCCCUCCCAUCUGGUAGAUCUGGACCUGGGUAGAAAGAUCAACAUGAAGGAUUCAGGAAUGAAGCAUCUUUGUGAUGGACUGCAGAGUCCAAACUGUAAACUGGAGACUCUCAGAUUGUAUCACUGCAUGUUGUCAGAGAUCAGCUGCUAUUCUCUGGUCUCAGCUCUGAAGUCCAACCCCUCCCAUCUGGAACAUCUGGACCUGAGCUGGAACCCGGUGAAGGAUCCAGGAGUGAAACAUCUGAGUGGUUUUGUGGAGAGUCCAGACUGCAUCCUGAAGACUCUGAGACUGGAGAACUGCAGUUUGUCAGAGAUCAGCUGUGAUUCUCUGGGCUCAGCUCUGAAGUCCAACCCCUCACAUCUGGAACAUCUGGACCUGAGCUGGAACGAAGACCUGAAGGAUUCAGGAGUGAAACAUCUGAGUGGUUUUGUGGAGAGUCCAGAUUGCAUCCUGAAGACUCUGAGAUUGGCGAAAUGCAGUUUGUCAGAGAUCAGCUGUGAUUCUCUGGUCUCAGCUCUGAAGUCCAACCCCUCCCAUCUGGAACAUCUGGAACAUCUGGACCUGAGCUGCAACAACCUGCAGGAUUCAGGAGUGAAACAUCUGAGUGGUUUUGUGGAGAAUCCAGACUGCAUCCUGAAGACUCUGAGAUUGAAGAAAUGCAGGUUGUCAGAGAUCAGCUGUGAUUCUCUGGCCUCAGCUCUGAAGUCCAACCCCUCACAUCUGGAACAUCUGGACCUGAGCUGGAACAGAGACCUGAAGGAUUCAGGAGUGAAACAUCUGAGUGGUUUUGUGGAGAGUCCAGACUGCAUCCUGAAGACUCUGAGAUUGAAGGGCUGCAGUUUGUCAGAGAUCAGCUGUGAUUCUCUGGUCUCAGCUCUGAAGUCCAACCCCUCACAUCUGGAACAUCUGGACCUGAGCUUCAACAGCAUUCAGGAUUCAGGAGUGAAACAUCUGAGUGGUUUUGUGGAGAGUCCAGACUGCAUCCUGAAGACUCUGAGAUUGGAGGACUGCAGUUUGUCAGAGAUCAGCUGUGAUUCUCUGGUCUCAGCUCUGAAGUCCAACCCCUCACAUCUGGAACAUCUGGACCUGAGCUGGAACAGCCUGAAGGAUUCAGGAGUGAAACAUCUGUUAGAUCUUCUGGAGAGUCCAGACUGCAUCCUGAAGACUCUGAGAAUCGAUGACAGACUGUUUGAAACUUCCAGAAACAAAACCCGUGUCUCUGACGUUAAACUGGAGCCAAACACAGCCGACACAGAGCCGGACCUUUCUGAGGACGACCCAGAGCUGAUGAAGAUUUCAUCUCUCUUCACACCUGAACUGCAAAUGGAGUCUGCACAAAUCUCAUACAGGUUCAGGUGUACUGGUCCAGGUGUGUUCCAGUGUUCUGAGACUGGACUGGUGUUUGUUAUGACUCAAGAGGCGGAGCUGCUGUACGGGAUCGUUCAAUGGGAGGAGAACCGCCUCAAAUUGACUGGUAAAGAAGCUGCAGGACCGCUGUUUGACAUCCGGUGCUCUGAGGAUGCAGUCCGUCAGCUCCACUUCCCACACUGUGAAACAAAGGAUGCGCUGAGUAUCGAUGGACUGCUGUCUGUUGCCCACUUCACUAAUGAUGGAAUGAGCAUCUUGAAGCCGCUGCAGAUCACUGACACUCAUGUGGUCGUGGAGGUCGCUCACCUCUCUCUCUUCGGCCUCAUCUGGGAUCCUGUUAAAAGGUGGCUCUCACUACCAGUAAACGGACAAGUGUUGCUGUUCCUCCGGCCUCCAAUCAGAGGUCCUCGGACACUUGAUGUGUUUCUGCUGCAGGAGAACAUCCCUGUAAAAGAGGUUGCUGCCCAACGAGGAAAUGCAGAAUACAUCGAGAUCUCAGCUGACUGUUUGUUCAGCUUUGGUUGUAGUUACAGUGUCCGCUGUGAGCAGGAGGGCUUGAAAAUACAGCCGACGCGUGCACAAUUUUGUUCACAUUUUGGACCCAAUUUCCACCCAACAUUUGAGGUUUUCCUGAAUACAAAUCCAGAUUUAGUGACUUUGAUGGUCCAAGACCAAGAGGAGAGAGAAGUGUGGAAACGUGAUGUUCAUCUGACAGGUCCAGGAAGAGACACAGAGCAGAGAGUCCAACCACAGGACUGGCUGUUAUCAGUUCGGACACGGUUGAUAAACGGACUGUCAGACGUUACUGUGAACCAGCUCCUGGACAGACUCUAUGACCAGAGAGUUAUCAGUGAAGAAGAGAAGGACGUCAUCAGAGCACAGACCGGAGCAGAUAAAGCACGGCAGCUCAUCGACGGGGUUCAUAGAAAGGGACCUGAUGCUGUUUCACGUCUGAAAACUGCUCUUAGUGAGGUCGAUUCAUUCCUUUUCAGAAACCUGAACCUGACGUAAAAACCAGAAAGUGUGGAGUUGAGAUGAUUUCCUCCUGUAAGAGCUGGCCUGUGGACACUCACAUCACCUUUAAAUGACCAGCUCUGCUGUUUGAAGUCUGACUCUGAAACUGAUUUAGUCUCUGUCAUCCAACUAAACCUGGACAGCUGAACGUGAUUAAAUCACAUGAAACUUGAACUGACGAUGGGACGAUUAAGGAGCUCUACAACGAGCAGGACGCCUGCUCUGGACUCUUACAGACUGCUGCAUCGUCUCUGGCAGUUGUUGGACAGAUGUGGACUUUCUGGCCAGCGUUUGGAUCUCCUGUGGACUCACUGCGUUGCACUUUAAUGAAAUGGGAUUGUUCUUUAGCUGAGGAUGACUCCAAGUUUGAUGUCCUGAAAGUGGGACGAAGACGCUCCCACUUCAGAGGACGGACGAGGAGAGGAACCACGUCUGGUUGGAGAGCUGGAGAUGACCUGACAUGGCUGGAGGACUUGAUCUGAGGCCUUCUGAUGGAUGAAGAUGGAAGAUGCUGAGGAGGAAGAGGAAGGCCUGAUGAAGACGCCUCUGUGACCCACUGAUGUCUACAG